GGGGGGGGGGGGGGUGUGUCUCCCGUCAAGCUUCACUUCCUUCCAAGCAGAACCUGCAGCACGAGCUCCACCUUCCUGAGGAGACACUGCGCCGUUUGUUAGUCACGUGCACGCCGAAGCGUCACUUUGGACUCGGAACCACUUUUUCUGGUCCAGUCCAAGUCUUCCUUUUGCCAGAUUUAUGUGGAGGCAUCCGUCCUCCCACUCUCUCUUUCCCUCUCUCUCCUCCUCCUCUCUCCCCUCCCGCUCCUCUCUCUCCUGCUGCUCUCAGGUGGAUCCACUCGCUCCUGCUCCGCUCCUGCAGCCGCGGGAGAGUGCUGAAGAUGCGGCGAGCAGGUUUCAGCACCACGGACAGCUGCCGGCUUCUGCUGCUGGGUGUGCUGGUUCUGGCCGCGGUUCUGGCCGAGCAGGAAGGUGAGAACCUGUCCGGUCUGUCCACCAAUCCGGACCGAGGCAUCUUCGCCGUCCGGGAGAACGGAACCACGUGUCUGAUGGUGGAGUUUGCGGUCAAAUUCCUGGUUCCGUACGACGUGCUCGCGCUCAACCGGAUCGACCUGAUCACAGAGCAGGCGUCCUUCACGUUGCCUCGCGGGGCUCAGAUUGAUGGCAAGUGUGGCAGCACUGAGUCAGAAAUCAACAUCAGCUGGAAGAACAACGCUUACACACUACGUAUAUUUUUCUCGAAGGACAUCCGUGACCGAGGCGUUGAAGUGUGGAAGAUCAACAAGGUUCAGUUUGUCUACGACACGUCAGAAACAACACACUUCAUCAACGCUUACAACCCUGGAAAGCACACGGCCAACACACAUCGCCUGUCAGCCUUGGUGACCCCCGCCGGGCGCUCGUACUUGUGCACAGCGCAGCAGACCCUCACCCUCAUCAGCAGUGACCACCAGAAGGGCGUCACAGUCGCCAUGUACGACAUCCAGAUUCAGCCUUUCGACAUGACCUCGGACUUUGUCUUCAGCGAGCCCUACAAGUGCAUCAUGGACCAGCGGGAGCGCCUGGAAGAGACCCUGCCGCUGAUCUUGGGCCUGAUCUUGGCGCUCAUCAUUGUCAUAACGCUCACCGUGUACCACUUCCACCUCAAGUUGACCGCUGCCAGCCAGCCGCAGCUACCCCGCGACCGCUCCAUGUACAAAAACAUGUGAGGGACUUCCUACCUGUGGACAAUUCCAGCGUCCUCCAACGCGGACAUGGACGUUCAACACUUUGGGGGCUUGCAUGGAUGUACAGUAGUUGACCCUCCAAACAACCCCGCUCUGUGUCUUUAAGCGUCAUCAUCGCCUUGACCACGCCCACACAUACAAGCCACGCCCACUUUGACCAACUUCUCGUUUGCCGUCUUUUUCUCUCUCAAGUCACUGCUCAAACCCACGCUCCCUAACCUCUAACCUCUGACGUCUGACCAUGUUUGUUGGUGUGUGUCGCCAUCAUAGUGGACGUCUUGUCACGCGUGAAGUGUUGUCGUACCUUUUCACUUUUUGCUUCCGCCGCAUGUGUUAAACUUGUCUAAACUAAAGGAAGAAAGCCUGACUUUGUCAUUUCAAAGAAAAAAGGUCAAAUAUUUUUGCGAGAAACAAAAGUCUAUGCAUAAAAAAAUAAAACCUUC